GUUCGCACAUCAAAGGAAAGCACGUUGCAUCCAAUGCUGUACGCGGCGUAUACAGGUUUCACCCCUCGCCUGUUGACCUGCUAAGUCUACGUUUCAUCAACCAGUAUUUAGGUUACAGCUUUCACUUAACGUUCUCAUUUCCGAAAAUCUAAAAUAAGUAUCCUCUUCUAGAUUACUGGGAAAACGUAUACUUUGCAACUUUCGUUAUUGUAUUAUCUCUGGAUUAACUAAAUCUACCAAGAACAAUGUCGUUCCAUAGAUAUAUAUAUAAUAACUACUGUGAGGAUUUUUGACCUGGUACCUGGUUUGAUUGUAAAAGAACGUUGUAAUUUCAAAUAAAAAAAAUACGUAGUUCAACCAAAGUUCGACUUCCUUCAGUGAAGAAAAACAUACACCAUGCUGGAAGAAAUUGACGUGAAACCAGAAGAUUAUUCAAAACCCAAGCAUCACGGAACCUUCAAAAAGUCCAUCCUCAAACGUUACCUGAACAAUAGCCAGAUGGAACUGCAGUCAAAUCAGGAAUUGUCUCCAGAAAGAUCUCAGUCACCCAGUCCAGGAGUAGACUCGAACAAUCUGCUUCAGAAGGACCUUCAUCAAGACUCUCGACAGCUACCAUUCUACACCUACUACAGUCAACAGUCUCUCGUCUCUUGUAGUACCAAUACAAGUUCCUUACCACCAAGUCCAGCGGACAGCGGAGUUUCAGACGUGGACAGCAGUAAUGGUCAUUUCAGCACGGAAGACUAUAAAAUAAGGUUACAGCCUAUAUCAGUGACUCCAAGAAUAUCAGAGUCGCCAACACCCAGAAAUAUACAGUACUAUCAACCUGUCAGCCAGAUGACGCUUCAAUCUUAUCAGACUCAACUCAAGAAUUCCUAUUCAGAAAUUCCAGAAGUCGUGUCGCAUCACUUCAGAUCCCUACCAACCCCUCCAUAUCUGGAUCUGUCCUCACAUCAAAAAUCAUAUACUACACACAGUCCUGAUGAUCAUAAGGUUACUCACAUUUCCUUCUCUUCACAAUAUUCGGGAAAAUAUCCUGAAUUUCCAGCCUCUCAAUCACCUUCGCACUUCACCGUGAACAGCACAAGUCAGUUACAGUCACACUCGUCACCAGUUGCCCUCAACAGGCCCAUCUUAUGCAAUUCUCCUUCAUCCUAUAAGCUUCACUCGGCGCCAGGAAAUGGAACAGAAAGACAGUUAGCGAUUCCCACUUCAGUUAUUACCGCAGCCUACAGCAGCAUUUCUUUAGGCGAUGACCUGGACUCGUCUUGUUACGUUGAAGACCUUUCUGUCCAACCAAAGCCAAAAAAGAAAGCAAGGAGAUUGAAGAAUCCAGAUACUAAUUCAACAUUGUAUACUAAGAGGAAAAGUCGACAAGGUUCUACAACAUAUCUGUGGGAGUUUCUGUUAAAGUUACUUCAGGAUAACAAGUAUUGUCCACGUUACAUCAAAUGGACAAACCGAGAAAAAGGAAUUUUCAAACUCGUAGACUCCAAAGCAGUUUCAAGGCUCUGGGGACUUCAUAAAAACAAACCAGACAUGAAUUACGAAACUAUGGGUCGUGCUCUGAGAUACUACUAUCAGCGAGGAAUUUUGGCCAAAGUUGAUGGUCAGAGAUUGGUGUACCAAUUUGUCGACGUUCCGAGAGAUAUAGUGGAGAUCGAUUGUUCAGGAACAUAACACUGCUAUGAUGACCAGUGAAUGAUUAGUCAGCUUCAGUGAAACCUUCCUGGAAAUGAUUUUGUCUGUGAUGUGAUUUUAGUCGUUUAUUAUCUUGGGCUUUAAGCUCAUUGGUACGGAGGGUUGAAUUUUGUUACACUUGUUUUGUUCGUGGGAAGUGUAAUGUGACUUCAUAGUCCAAAGAAAGGCCCAUGAGGUUUCUACUUGAAUGAAGAGGAUAUAUAUAUAUAUAUAUAUGUGUAUAUUUUUAUAUCAGGGAUUAUUUUUAUUAAUCUAAAAUAUCAAAUCAACCUUAUUUAUUUUGGUCAUGACAGCCUCUUGUAGUGUUUAGUUUUGAAUGUGGUAGCAAGAAAUUCAAUAGAAAUUGUCUUCAAACAUUUUAUAAAUAUUAUGUAUUUAUAUGCGCAGAAACGUUGUCAUAAAAAUUUAUCGGCAAUGUGGAGUAGUCGUAACACAGAGGUAUUGGGAAAAUAUUCGUCUAAUUUCUAAAGAAAGCAUCAAUCGAGUGAAACUUUCAAAUAGGAUGAUGUAAAUUGGCAUUCUGAUGUCAUCAGUUGAUAAAAGUGCAGCCAUCUUGUGAGUGUUAGGAUAACCACUGUACAAAACAAAGCAUAUUUGUAAUACAGACAAAUUAUUUGGUUAUGAUGUUGCUAUCUGGCGACUAGUACCCGACUAGUACAAUAAUCUCUAAAAAAAGAAUAAAGUAUAUCUAUGUUUAUGAAAAUAAUUACAUGAAACUUUGGUGUUCUUAAGAUUAGAAAAAAAUCAAAAUAAGUUUAUACGUAGAAGUUCUUUGUGGGUUUAACUUGUAGUUUAUUUUAACUUGAUUCAUACAUGGAUGUAGUAUUAAGAUGAAGGUGGAAGGGCAGUGAUAUUUAAGGUAUCUUAAAAUCUGACAAUGCUACAUACUUAAUGUAAUAUUAAAUUUACGACUGAGAAAUAUCAGUCUAAGCGUUUCACUUUCGUAUCUAUAGAUAUUUCUUACAUGAACAAACUUUUGACUUUUCUGAGGGGAAACAAAAAUAAUCCAAAAGAAAUUUAAUGUGUAAAUUCUACUAAGAGAAUUAUAAUUUACCAAUAUAUAUAUAUAUAAAAGUGUUCCUUUGUAUAUAAAUACGUUUUGUAAGAUUUUGUUCAAUGCUUUUAUUUUAUAGAUUCUAAGAUUAUGUUAGUGUCACUAAAUUUUUAAAAAAUUGCCUGGUCUUUCAUUCUUCAUUUGUGAUUAAAGUGUGUAAUAUUAUUAUUAUUGCAAAAUUUGGGAAAGAAAGAAAACGAAGUGUAAAGUUUCACAACAAACAACUAAAGCCACCUAUAAACAAAGUGGUAGAUUUAUAUAUACAUAUAUUUAUGGGAAAAUUAAGUAGGCUUAGGCAAAUUUCUGGAUAAUAGCAACAUUUUUCUCGGUGAAAACACAACUUGACUUUUGACAGCAGUCAAUAAUGCUGAAAUGUCGGUGAUUUCAUGCGUUAUUUGUUAUAAUGCUGAAUAUAUAUCCAAAUAUGGGAUAAAAUAAUACUGAAUUUAUAGAAAAUAAAAGAUAAAGUAGUAUGAGUAAAAUUACGGUUAUAAACAUAUGUUGGUCAUGAGGAGAAGUGUUUUGACUUUCUGAACUAGGCGUAAAAAGUAUAUUGUUAAGCUUUUCGAUUUUAACUUUUUUGUUGUUGUAAAAUGUAAAUGUCUGGACGCUAUCUUAAGUCAAAAUUGUCUCAAAGCAUUAAAAAAUAUAAAUAUCUGGGUGGAUUUAAAACUAGUGGUUUGUGUUUUUUUUUCAAAUUCUGUAAAUUAAACAAAAAAUAUAUACUAGAUAUUACUAAUUUUAAUUCCAGGUUGUAACUUUUUCAUUGCCACAUUUAAAAACGACUCUACCAGUGCCAGGUUUAUUGUUAGACGAUAACAAAAACGACAAAUGUUUUGAUAUUUUAUUACAUAUGACAUUUGAAAGUGGUAAACUUUUGUAAGUUUUAAGGGGAAUACUCUUUCUUCGCGAAUUCGGUAUAAAAUUCCAAACUCGUACUUUUGAAGGCUUAAAAACGAUUGUGUAGUGUGUUCCUAUAUGUGCUCAAGGCAGUGAAAAAGUUAAUGUAAAAAUGCGUAGGGUACUAUUAAGAAGUAAAUGCGAGAUUUAAACCAGCUAUCUUUGUACUUUUGUUAACAGAGGUCGUGAUGUUUAGCUUAGUCAGUGACAUCAUAAAAACAUUUUAUUCUAAAUCGUAUUGAUAGUUUUUUCGAAUAUUAAUUGUGAGGAACUCUAAUUGGUUAACCACCUAAACGUAUUAGUUUGUGUGUACAUAAACUGCAGUGUUUGUUUUUGUAAAUAAUAUUUACUUGUGUUAUCGUAUUAUUAUGUUUCAUGAUAUUUUAAGUCGUUGGUUUUAAUACAGGAAGUGGUUUAAAAAAAUGUAAUAACUGGAAUACAGUUUUAAAGAGCUCGAUGUCAAACAAUGUCUGCCAUUCAGUGGUUUGAAUCGUUACUAUAUACCCUUAAAGUUCUGGUUUAUUCUUGUCUUUUACUCAAUUUUUCAUCUGUUUUUUAAUUAUAAGUUAUGUUUAACAGAUACCAAAAAUUAAAAUAACUUGUACUGCUUAUUGAAUGAUUUGUAAAUAUUAAUGAAUGAAAUAAAAUGCAUAUGUUA